CGGCGCCCGCAUUUGCGAACGUACCGCGACGGAGGAAGGACGAGGCGGCAAUGGCCGAAAGCUUCACGCGGUUCCUGCCUGGGCUGCGCAGCAGCAACAGCAGCGUGCGGCACCGCGCGGCGCAGAGCUUGCGGCUGUACAUCGAGUCCGAGUCGCGCGAUCUGUCCCAUGGACUCUACAUGAAAUGGGUUACGGACAUCAGUGCGCGCCUCAUGCUGUUGUGCAACUCGAAUGAGAACGCAGAUCGUAUGGGUGGUAUCGCAGCCAUGGACGAGCUGGUGGAGCUCUUCAUCGCCGAGCGCAACGACCAGACUAUCAUAGAGUUUGCCCAUUCCCUCACUAAAGUCUUUGAGAAGAUCCCGAGCGCCGACCCGCCCAUGCUUCGCGUAGCUGCCAAAGCGCUGGGUCACAUCGUUUCCACGGGCGGUACCAGCCUCAUCGAGUUCGUGGAGGAUUAUCACGUUAAGCCCGCGCUCGAGUGGCUGAAGAACGAGACGUUCCAUGUACGUCGCCACGCCGCCGUCAUGAUCCUCAAAGAACUAUCUAUCAACGCGCCCUCCACGUCCUUCAGAUACAUGGACAAGUACUUUGACUUCAUCUGGAGCGCCUUCUGGGACUCUAAACUCGUGGUGAGAGUGAGUGCCAGUGAAUCUCUCCAGUCGUGCUUUAUGCUGAUCCAACAGCGUGAAUCCAACCGCAAGACGUCGUGGUAUAACCGCGCAUUGGAUGAAGCCGAGGGUGCCUUUAAACGCAACAGCUCGGACGCUACACACGGAGCCCUGCUGAUUCUGAACGAGCUGCUGCGCAAUACAGGAGACUUUAUGCACUCGCACUACGGUCGUGCUUGCCGACUUGUAUUCAGCCACCAGGACCACAAGAGUGCUACUGUUCGCUCUGCUGUCAUCAGUCUGUUCCCUCGUUUGGCCAAGUUUAACACGUCGGUGUUCGUCGAGAAAUGCUAUCGUCCCUGUAUGAACCAUUUGCUCGAGGUGCUUUUCUCGGCUACGACGACAACGCGUCCGGACGCUCUGCUUUCGAUUGGAAAACUGUCUUUAGCUAUUGGACCGCUACUAGCGAGGGACGAACAGGCUUUGAUGGCGAUCAUGAAUGGAAUUAAAGGUGGAUUACAGGUGCGCAAGAAGGAUUUCGAUACACAUCGAGAGGCUCUCGCGUGUCUACGUAUGUUGGCGGAGACUGUGGGUCCGGCACUUAUCAGGGUUGACUUGGAGUCUAUGGUGGGGCCGCUCUUCCAGAACGAUUUGGACUCGUCACUUGUGGAGACUCUGACGACUAUCGUCAAGAAGAUUCCGCCGAUGAAGCCCAUUGUCCAGCAGAAGCUGUUCGAACGACUAAGCUCAAUUCUGCGCUCCAGACACAACGACGUCACGGGAUCUGCUUCGACUCCUACCAGUAGGAGGCUCAAAACAACUUCCAUUUCAGUGACGGGUGGAAUGCUUUCGAAUCUGUUCCUUUCAGCCACUGGAGCGAAGACCAAUGGAACAGCAGAGAAUGGUGCUCCAUCAGCGGAGGUGUCGUCGGCCAUUGCGAUGCAGGCACUUGCACUGGAGACUCUAGCAAACUUUGAUUUUCAGGGCAACCGACUCAUCCCGAUCAUGUCUUUUGUUCACGAAACUGUGGUGAAAUUUCUUGAUCAUGAAGUUGCAACUAUCCGCAAGAGUGCUGCACUCACGUGCUGUAAGUUGCUUCUGCCAUCAGGUGAAGAUCGUGGUGGCAAUAUGGCGAUGACCUCGGAGGAUUUUGCUCGCCCCGUCACAUCAGUGCUCGAACGUUUGUUAACAGUGGGUAUCGCUGACAAUGAAGCGAGUAUUCGACUGCGUGUUUUGGCAUCGCUGGACUCACGAUUCGACCCGCUUCUUGCGCUGAAUGACAACUUGCGGUGCCUAUUUAUUGCACUGAACGAUGAGGUUUUCAGUAUCCGUCAGACUGCGAUGAGUACGCUUGGACGACUGACACAUCACAAUCCGUCCACCGUGCUACCAUCGCUUCGACAGACGUUGGUACAGCUAUUAGCUGAGUUGGAGUUUAGUGGAGAUUCCCGAGGCAAAGAGGAAGGCGCGCUUUUGAUCGGUUGUUUGCUACGUUCAGCUUCACAACUGGCCCAGCCUUACGUUCUCCCCAUUCUUCGUGUGUUGAUGAAGAAUCUGCGUGAAGACUCAGAGCGCCGUAGCCACAGUCGAAGUACUGUCAGUGUGAGCAAAGCCAUCCUGGCAACGUUGGGUGACUUAGCAGAAGUUGGGGCGCAAGAACUGACGCCAUAUCUCGGUCAACUGUUACCCGAUGUCAUUGACGAAAUGCGAGACUCAAGCAAUCCGCAAAUUCUACAGGUAGCUAUCAAAACUCUGGGUCAGCUCGUGUCGUCAACAGGUUAUGUGGUUCUGCCGUAUCACGAGUACCCGGAGUUAUUGGACUUGUUGUGCCAGGCUUUGCAGAAGUCUGGUGACGCUUUUGAAUCUCUGCGUAUUGAAGCAGGACGUACGCUCGGUGUCUUGGGCGCGUUGGACCCGUACAAUCUUCGGCUGUUCCACUUGCAAAAGCAAGGCAAACUCACAGAUGCCAAAAAGAAAGAGUUCCGUUCCAGUGCGUUUGCGGUUGGUGCUGGUGGAGUAUUCAGUCUAAUGGCUAGUGCAGCAAACCCUUCGCAAGCGUACGCUGGUCCGAAUGCAGCCAAAGAGACAAAUGGAGCAGUUAUUGGUAUUCGAAUUGGCAAUGGGAUUGGUGGUCCUGGAGUGCUUGAUGGCAGCAGCGAGGAAGAUGUUCAGCAACUUGGGGAGUCACUACUGCUCACACCGGCGCGGAAGGUGGCAAAAAGUGACAAGCAGACUAGUGGGAAGCUGACCAACAUCAUCCUGGAGGUUCCACCCGAUGACUUGCUACCAUCAAUGAUCCCUGACUCGUCCCAGUAUUUCCCUACAGUCGCGAUCAAUGCAUUGAUUCGCAUAUUACUCGAACCGCGUAACUCGGUGCAUUACCAGGGUACGUUCAUGGCAAUCAUGUACAUCUGCAAGAGCCAGCGGAAACGAAUGGGGCAGCAUUUGGACAAGAUCAUCCCAGCAUUCCUUUACGCUCUAGAAAAGGUGAACCGUUCUCUUCGCAAGUUUUUGUUUGAGCAACUUUGCGACCUGGUUCAGAUUGUCGAGGAGCAGAUUCAACCGCACCUUGACCACGUGGCCUUGCUUUCAAUCGUGAAUAGUUAUUGGGACGAGCAUCUUGAAGAGGUUCUCAACUUGGUCAAGAAGCUGGCGAAUUCACUUGGAGAGAAAUUCCGUGUCUAUCUGCCGGACCUCAUUCCUCAAAUGCUGCGUGUGAUUCGUACUGAACGUGACAAUCCUGCUCGGCCUCGAACUCUUUUGGUGCUAAAGACUGCAGUAUCGCUCGGACGUUUGCUGGAUGGAUACCUCCAUUUGAUUAUCCCAGCACUCGUGGCGCUUAUUCAGAGUGAUGCUGAUGUAAAUGCGAGGAAACAGGGCCUGGGUUCGCUGGGUUCGCUUGUGAAGAAGCUGAAUGUGAGCGUGUAUGCGUCCAAGAUCAUUCACAUGUUGGCACGUGUGAUCUCGUCGCAGCCGGAGAUGGUGUAUCUUGCAAUGGAUUGCCUCUGCUGUAUGGUCUACACUAUGGGUGACGACUACGCGAUCUUCGUCCCGGUUAUUAGCCAGGUACUGGGCCGUCAUACAUCGCGUUCAAACGAUAUAUUCGAUCGAUACGAUCUGCUGGUGUCCAAGAUUUUGAAGUACCAACCACUUCCCGUAGCUUCAUGGGCAACUGACCCUCUGAAAGCCCGCGCUGACACCGCUAAUGACCACAAGGACUCAAACUCAGCCGCACAAGACGAAACGAAAAGUCUACCAUGCGACCAAAAGAAUUUAAUGAAGGCGUGGGAGGCAUCUCAGCGAUCUACGAAAGAAGAUUGGAACGAGUGGAUCCUCGCGUUCUCGGUUGAAUUGCUUAGAGAGUCGCCAUCGCCUGUCCUUCGUGCUUGCAAGGAGCUGGCCUCGGUGUACCAACCUUUGGCUCGAGAGCUGUUUAACGCAUCGUUUGUAAGUGUGUGGCCUCAUCUAUCGUCCACGACGCAGGACAACUUGAUCCGAUCUCUGGAGUCAGCCUUCCAGUCGCCACAUUUGCCAUCGGAAAUUCUUCAGACACUGCUGAACCUUGCAGAGUUCAUGGAGCAUGACGACCAGCCUCUUCCGAUUGAUAUUCGAUUGCUUGGAUCUUUGGCAGACAAGUGCCAUUCGUUCGCGAAGGCCCUUCACUACAAGGAGCUUGAGUUUAACACGAACCCGAGUACUGAUGGAAUCCAAGCGCUUAUUAGCAUUAACUCGAAACUAAACCAGCCGGAGGCUGCACGUGGUAUCCUGAAGUACGCUCUGGAAAAGCUGCCAGGUAUUGAAGUGAAGGCAUCGUGGCACGAAAAGCUCCUGAGGUGGGACGAUGCACUAGCGACACACGAUCGUGUCCUGCUAGAAAACCCGAACAAUGUCGAGGCCAUCUUCGGCAAAAUGCGUUGUCUGUGGGCGAUUGGCGAGUGGCGCAAAUUGAACGAUCACGUGCAGGAGACUUGGUCUAAAAUCUACGGUGAGGGUCAGGACUUGAAUGGUGAACAGGAAGAUGGCGAGAAGCUGCUGGAUGUUCCUCCGGCUCUGAAGAGAGAGCUGUGCAGCAGUGGCGCACGAGUGGCCUUCUCGCUGCAGAACUGGGACUCAAUUCCGAAGUAUAUUAACUCAGAUAUGGACCCUACCGAGUCGCAUCUGUUCAAGGCGGUUGUGUCUAUUCGGCGCAUGGAACUAGAUGAAGCUAUGAACUUAAUCGGUGAUUGUCGUAAAGAAAUGGAUCCAACGCUACGCUCCCUUGUGAGCGAAAGUUAUGCUCGGGCAUACCUCCCGGCUAUUGUAAAUCUGCAGAUGCUCACGGAACUGGAGGAGAUUGUCUCGUAUCUGAAGGCAUUUGCCUACAAGAACAACGGUGAGCUGACGCUUCUGUCAACGCCGGCUUCAUCCACUUCAAUGUCCACAACUGCGUCACGUCGCAAGCAAAGUAUCAGCAGCCUUAACUUUGUGUCGUCUUCGUCAUCAACUUCGUAUGGACACGAGAAGCAAGUAGCGCUGAAGAAAUUGCAGACGAUCUGGACGAGACGAAUGCUGGGAGUGGAGCGCAAUAUCCAAGUGUGGCAGAAUCUCAUGCUGGUGCGAUCGCUUGUGUUUGAUCCCAGAGAAGACGUGGAUAUUUGGCUCAAGUAUGCGCGCUUAUGUCUGAAGUCGGGACAUAUUAACCUCGCGUCUAGCGCACUCUGGCGUGUUGGAGCACAGCCGUUCAUCCGCAGCGUUGAACGAGACCCGUAUGCACCGAUCCCGAUCAAUCUAGGUGGUAAUGCUGGAGCUAGUCAAGGUUUUGCGAACGGCUUGUUGAGUUUAGCGGACAGUGCAGCACAGGACCCUCGCGUUGCCUUCAGCUACCUGAGGCAUUUGUGGGCUGAGAAUCGCGAAGAUGUGGCCUUGAAGCAAAUGGAUUACUUUAUCGAGGCCUUGGAACAGCAUGGUGAUCCAACGAACGAGGAUCUGCGCAAGCUUCGUGUACAAGUGUAUAUUCAACUGGGUGAAUGGCAAAUGUCCCUUACCGAGCCGCACAAGCAGUCGUACGACCAUGUCCUUGAGUGUCUUGAGACAGCAACAAAGCUGGACCCAACGAACGAUCGCGCAUGGCAUGAGUGGGCUCUUAUGAACUUCAGGGCGCUUGAGGCUACAGUGAAGGAAUCUGGUCACGGAGAUCCGAAACGCUAUGCUGUUCGAGCCAUCCAGGGUUUCUUCCGAUCCAUCUCAUUCGGCCAUACCAGUUAUGAUGUGACCAAGGACGUUCUGCGCCUACUGACGCUUUGGUUCACGCAAGGCAAUCGCAGCGAUGUGCACAUGGCCAUGGUUGAGGGUUUCCAGGAGGCAUCAGUUGACACGUGGCUGGACGUGAUCCCACAGCUUAUUGCGCGAAUCGAUACACCGAACCCGAAGACUAGUGAGCUUCUUCAUGAUCUUCUCUCUCGGAUCGGACAAGCCCAUCCUCAAGCUUUGAUUUAUCCGAUUACAGUGGCUUCAAAGGCGCUGAACCCGACGCGGAAGCACGCGGCGGAAGGAAUUCUUGCUGCUGUACGUCGACAUAGCUCCCAGCUUGUGUACGAAGCUGAUAUGGUGUCACGUGAGCUGAUUCGUGUGGCUAUCCUCUGGAAUGAACUGUGGCAUGGCGCUCUCGAGGAAGCGUCCAAGCAUUUCUUCAAUAACCGUGAUGUGACUGCUAUGAUUGCUGAGUUGGCCCCGCUUCACGAGCAGAUGGACAGAAUCGGCACAGAGGAAACACCUACGCUUCGAGAGGUGGCAUUCUACCAAGCAUUCGCUCGGGAUCUCGCCUAUGCGAAGGAAUGGACCAAUGUGUACGAACGGACUAAGAGUCUGGACGAUCUGAACCAAGCGUGGGACAUCUAUUACAGUGUGUUCUCGAAGAUCCGUAAGCAACUGGCAAACCUCUCAACGCUAGAACUCGCUAACGUCGGUCCGAAGCUACUAUCUGUGCACAAUUUGACGCUUGCAGUACCGGGCACGUACAAGGCUGGCGCUCCUAUUGUUCGUAUUCAAUCUUUCGACACGAAGGUGACUGUGCUAACGUCCAAGCAGCGACCCAGAAAGGUGACGAUCAAUGGAAGUGACGGUAAAGCCUACCCGUUCCUACUCAAGGGCCAUGAAGAUUUGCGUCAGGAUGAACGUGUGAUGCAGCUCUUCGGUGUGAUCAACACGCUGCUGGCCAACGACAGCGACACCAGCAAACGCAACUUGGCUAUCGAGCGGUAUUCGGUACUCCCGUUGUCGCACACGAGUGGUCUUAUUGGUUGGGUGCCCAACUGUGAUACCUUGCACCAGCUUAUUCGUGACUACCGUGAGGCACGUAAGAUCCAGCUGAAUGUCGAACACCGUCUUAUGGUGCAAAUGGCACCCGACUACGACAAGUUGCCGCUCAUGCAGAAGGUUGAGGCGUUCAAGUAUGCACUUGGUGAGACUACAGGCCAGGAUUUGUACCGUGUCUUGUGGCUGAAGAGUCAAGACUCGGAGGUUUGGCUCGACCGACGCCGGAACUUCACACGUUCGCUCGCCGUCAUGUCGAUGGCUGGUUACAUUCUUGGUCUUGGUGAUCGUCACCCUAGCAAUCUCAUGCUGGAUCGUGUGUCUGGCAAACUCGUGCACAUUGACUUUGGUGACUGUUUUGAAGUAGCAAUGGAGCGUGACAAGUACCCGGAGAAGAUUCCGUUCCGACUCACGCGCAUGCUGACGCAGGCAAUGGAGGUCAGUGGCAUUGAAGGCAACUUCCGCUACACGUGUGAAGCGUCGAUGCGUGUGCUUCGUGAUAACCGUGACUCGCUCAUGGCUGUGCUUGAGGCGUUCGUGUACGAUCCGCUUAUUAAUUGGCGUCUACUCAAGAAGGAUGCUGUGCCAUCCCACGCACAACCUGAGGAAGAUGACGGUGCUGCAGCUGGACGUGGAGAUGGCCCCGAUGCCAGCGUUGACAGGAAUUCUGUGCGUGAAGACGAGGGAGAUGCAGACGGAGAAGGGGACGUUGCGAAUGGGGGCAACGCUGAUGAAGACAAGCUGACGGAGGGCAGCAUGAAGAGCUCGACGUCGUCUGCUCCAGUGACGCCUCGGAGGCGGAGACACUCCUCGUCUGAGGCAGCGAUGCUGGGCUACAACAUGGACAUGCUGGACCCGACGAUGGCGCGCAACUCGAUGUCGGAGACACAGCGGGAUAACUUUGGUACCUCGUUCGUAGCAGCGGAGCACCCUCAGCUGAACGAGAAGGCGCUGAGUGUUAUCGACCGUGUUAAGAAGAAAUUGGCUGGCCGCGACUUCGACGACGGCAGCAGAGUGCUCACUGUGGACGCGCAAGUCGAUCGACUGAUCCAUCAAGCUACUUCGCACGAGAAUCUGUGCCAGCUUUACUACGGUUGGUGUCCGUUCUGGUAGCUGGUUGAAGUGUACUUUGGUUAAUGGCUCCAUUUUGUUAAUAACUGCAUGGAUGUUCUUAACAUCUGGUCCCAUUUUGUUUUUAGUCUGGAUCAAAAUAACGGCGUCCUUUUUUGUGAUCAACUUUGACUGGCAGCGGAUUGAC